CUCGCUCAAUUUGCCGCUCUAGAUUGCGGGGAGAACGGUCAAAGAUCCCAGCUUGACUUCGGAAUUGCGUUCUAUGUUCCUGCGCGCCUCAUAUUUGCAGGCGUUCUGGCACUAGUCGGUGUCUAGACGCCGUCUACGGACGAAACGGGUUAAUAUCCAGCUAAAAAACCCUGAUCUUGUAGCUUGCGCCAACAUAUUCUUGAUGGCGAUGGCGCCGCGCGCAUAUGCCCUUAGAAGCAGACGAACAUGCGCCUUAUUUGCGAUAUUUAUUACCCUUUUUAGUCUACCCUGCAGUCGCGCUCAGAUCUCGACAGAACCGACCCCGCCGUACGCGCAGGCUGGGGGCGGCCAGCCGACGCCAUGGCAGCCGGGUCAGCGGCCGCCAUGGCUGGAGGGAACGCCGUUCCCGGAGCGGAACGGCAGUCAGCCGGACCCUCUGGGCGGGCAUCUGCCGUGGGAGGAAGGCCGCGGGCAGAAUCUCGGUUACCAGCCGGUGCCGGGCAGCCAGGCUGCGGAGGGCGGCGUGGAGCCGAACGCGACCGCGCCGGGCGGGAUACCGCAGGAUCAGCAGUGGGGCGAUCCGGAGGGCCCGCCGUCGCCGCCGCCGUACCAGCCGCUGCCGUUCGCGGAGCCGCCUCCCGCGGCGAACGCGAGUGCGAGCCUUGAGGAUGUGGGCGUGGUGGGGUCGGUGGUGGGCGACGAGCUGCCCACCACGUGCGGACUGACGGACUACAUCCGGGAGUCGAAGCCGUGCAUCGGCGGCAAGCGCGAGGUGAAGUACGUCAAAGUGCGCAACUGCACGGACACCUUCCCCCCCAUGACCAUGCGCGACGAACCGUGCGUGUGCUCGCCGGAGGACUACGAGCCAAAGUACGCGGAGAAUGGCGGGCAGUGCUACCUCACUUACAUUGGCGAGAACUGUAAUUCCGCUGGUGACUCGGGCCUCCCACAGAUCAUCGUCGAUCCCGUCUACUGCUCCAUCUCGUCAUCGCGGGCGUGCAGGGAGGGCGACCUCAAGUCCAUCUACGGGCUGUGCGACUACAUCCGCGACUCCGUCACCGGCCAGAAGCUCUCGAAGAUGCCCGCGGUCGAGGUGAUCUACUACUUUGACAAGGAGUGCAAUCCCUAUGCCAGAGGAGCCGUGCCUUUGCCGCCCAACACCUUCAUUCCCUGCGACCAUCGCUGCGGGGCGGGUCACAUUCUGCACCACGACGACUGCCAGGAGUGCCCUGCAGGCACGUACAGCACAGCGGGCGCGCUGGUGUUCAACAAGUUCUUUGACGUCGACCCCAAGUACUUCAAGACGGAUUGCCAGUUCAAGAACGCCACGGGCAUGUUCCCGUGCGAGCCGUGGUAUGCGGAUGAUGGCGCGCUGGAGGUGGGCGCGUUCGACUACAUGAACGACUGGAACCCGGACGUGUGUGCGUCGGACCCGGCAUACAACUGCCACAACAACCUGCGCUCCUCACUCUCCCUCGAAGUCGACCUCGUUCGCGACGGCCACGUGCGGUUCAACUUCACAGUGAGUGCGGAGUUGGGGCGGGACGGGCUGUCGUUCUUCAUCGACUCGCUCUCGGAGCCCGCCAUGGCGCUCGAGUCGUACCAGUUUGAGCCGCGCGAGGUGGUUUUCCCGCUCACGGCGGGGCACCACACGUUGAUGUGGCUCUACUCCAAGGACGCGCGGUGGACCAAGGGCGAGGACAUCGCCACGCUGCGAUUCAUCGAGGUGGACGGCAUUGGCUUCAAUGACUUUGUCUGCACGCCCUGUGAGGCGGGCUUCUACAGCUCGGCGGGCGCCAGCUCAUGCCUGCCGUGUGCCCCCAACACUGUGUCCAGUGCGGGGGCGUCGGUGUGCAAGCCGUGUGCGGCAGAGCAGUACGCGCAGAUCAUUCCCCGCACGCAGUGCCUUGACCGCCCCACGUGCCGGGUGGAUCGUGAUGCCACGUCGGUGAUCGGCCCGUGCAAGCUCAGCACGCUCACUCGCACCAAGAGCUGGGAGUGGUUGGAGCCGCAGAUCUGCAAGCCCAGCGACCUCGACCGGCUCCCUGCCAGCAUCGAGCUGCCCUGCGAGCACUGCCCCAGCGGGCAGCAGGCAGUGCCCAUCCCCGAGACGAACGAGGUGCGCUGCGACUGGUGCCCCACCGGCACCGCCAGGGACGCCAACCAGGACACCACACCCCCGGCUGAAGGCGCACCCGCAGGCACCGAGGGGGCGGAGGGCAGCCCAGCAGCAGCGGCAGGCGGCAGCAGCGGCAGCGGGAACAUCACGGAGGAGCUGUGUCGACCGUGCGAUGCAGGCGAGGUGGCGAUGAAGAUGCUGUCCUUGCGCCACUUCCGCAUGGACAAGGGCCGCCUCCCGGACGGCUUCCGCACAGGUUGCCAUGGCGACUGCGGCACCUUCGGGUGGCGCGCCGUCAACAACUAUCUCGAGUCGGGGAGCGGCCACGGCAAGACCGCCACGAUCUGGCUGGCGUUGGACGUGGACGUGGCGGUGACGGGGUACGUGAUGUUUAACUACUCGGUCGACAUCGCUGCAGGCGACCCUGGCAGGGGCUUCUUCUUCUUCGUCGACCACAACCUCAUGGACUUUGUGGAGCAACAACGGGUGGAGUGGCAGGGGGGCGCGGGGCAGCCGCGCAAGGGCACGUCGGAGAACGAGACGGCCAUCAGCGGCAUGUGGGAGCUGGCGCCGGGCAACCACACGCUCAUGUGGGUGUGGGAGAAACUCAACGACGAGCGCGCCGGCAAGAGGACCACCCGCGACUCCGCCAUUAUCUAUGACAUCGAGGUGGAGGGAGUGGCACGGGGCGGUGCGGAGCGGUGCAGGCGGGUGCCGCCGGGGAUGCAGAUGAGUGAGGACGGGCAGACGUGGACGCCGUGCCCCGCCGGCACCUUCAGCGAGGGCGGCGAGGGCAAGUGCACGCCGUGCCCCGCCAACACCUUCAACCCUUUCCCUGAGGGCGCGGAGUACUCAUGUGAACGGUGUGGGGCGGGCACCACGUCGCUGCCGGGCAGCACGGAGUGCUUUGUGGGCGACGUGCGCGUGCCGUCCUCCUUCUGCUCCUUUGCCGUGCGCGUCCCCGUCGCCUACAACGGAUCCGACGCCCCGCCCCCCCCCAGCGCCCUCGCAUCCCUUGACCCCUUCUUCACUGCCCCCGCGCCCCCGCCCCCUGUGGGCCCCACGGGAGAGAUGCAGCAGGAGGAGCAGUUUUGGAACAACACUCUGGCGGAGGGGGGGGGCAUGGUGGUGGCAGGGGGCGGCCUCACGGGCGCCACUGCGGGUGGGGGGCGGCUGUUCUUUGACCUGUCGCCGCUGGCGCGGCUGCACCCCGGGGUGCUGUUUGGGCCCAUCGCCAACGAUGCAGCGGUGAAGAACAGCACCCAGCAGGCGUCCUACUUCAUCAGCAUCUGCGACCGCGACACCACCAACGACACGUGCUACGACUACGGCGGCAACCCCCUUAACACGUACGCCUGCAAGGUGGACCCCGCCGAGGAGGUGGAGGGGCACCUGCGCCCGGGGCACAACCUGGGGGAGUCGCUGGCCAUCGAAUCGCUGGAUGUGAUCGCGGGCGAGCUGAGGACGCGCGGGUUUGUGAUGAUGCUCAAGGGGGAUGGCUGCCCACAGACGCAGCUGCCCAGGCAGACCAACAUCACCUUCAUCUGCGACCCCGCUGCUGGCCAUGGGCAACCGGAGCAGUGGACGGCGGGGGGGCGCAUGGCGGCGUUUGACCCGCACCUGGGGUACCCGGAGUGGGCACAGAGGGAGGGCCCGGUGCAGGCAGUGGAGGCGGCGCCGUGCGAGUUCAACCUGGUGUGGUACUCGCUGUUUGCGUGCCCGCUGUGCUCGGAGCAGGACAUCGUCAAGGUGGAGGCAGCUGGCUGCAACGACAACAAGCGCACCACCUAUAAAUACAGGCACCCCCGGGUGUGUCAGCCGAACCCCAUGACGCCGCUGCCAGACGACGUGAUGUGUGAGCCGUGCACGGCCAACGACUACGACCGCUUCGAGGGCGAGUGUGCGGACGACGACGGCAAGCACAACGUGACGUACCUGUGGCACCAGCCCAUGCUCUGCAACGAGUCCCUCCCGGGCUCUGUGCAGCUGCCGCCCGAUGAAGCGGCCGGCGAGUGCACGUACAAGAUCAAGUAUGUGCCGUCAGAUAAGCUGAGCUGGCAGUACAUUGUGGUGUUCGCAGUGUCUGGCGUGAUGAUUGUGGUGUUUGGCGUGAUGGCGCUGAUGACAUGGCUCAAGAGCCGCAAGCUGCACGCCAUGUACUCGCGGCUGGUGGAGCAGGAGAUGCAUGCGGUGGAGGAGGAAAUGGAUGACAUGGAUGGUGAGAAUGACGGUGCCACUGAAGGGAAGCGGCUGACUGAUUCUAAUGAUGAUGAUGUGUGAUCAAGGUCCAGGUCCAAGUGCUCAAAGGUGAAGGCGAGCAAGGGAUUCCAUUAUGCCCAAUGGUCUGACGUGGUCUGUGAUUACUUUACAUAUUGAUGCAAUUUCCGUGCAUUGGAUGGGAGUGUAUGUCUAGUUAUGUGCUGUAAAAUUUUAGGCUACUAUUGCUUUCUGAUCAGUGCAAUAUAUGGAUAAGUAUAUU